CGCGCGCAGCGCGCCCCCUCUGUGCUCAAGCACAGCAGCUGGGCUGCCCUGCCGGAGAGCAGAUCUUGGGAUUCUGGUGUGGAGCCCUUGGCCUGGAGUCGAUAUGGGUGGUCUGCGGCCCUGUUCAGUCGCUGGUGACAGCCUGGGGAACAGGCCUGUCUGGCCCUGAGGGAGUCCUCUUUCUGAAGCUGUGGCGCCCGGAAGACCUGCUCUCCACGGUGCAGGGCACCUGUAGGUGUCCCUCCUGAGCUCAGUUUUGAGGUUCAAGUCAGUGUGGCUAUGAAGGGGCUGCCUAUCAGGCUGAUGCUGUGACCCUGGAGUCUGCCUUUCCUGCCAGUCCCCCUGCCCGGAACAUGUGGCUGCGGCUUGGCCCGCCCUCGCUGUCCCUGAGCCCCAAGCCCACAGUUGGCCGGAGCCUGUGUCUCACCCUGUGGUUCUUCAGCUUGGUGCUGAGGGCCAGCACACAGGCCCCAGCACCCACGGUCAACACUCACUUUGGGAAGCUAAGGGGUGCCCGGGUACCAUUGCCCAGUGAGAUCCUGGGACCUGUGGACCAAUACCUGGGGGUACCCUACGCAGCUCCCCCGAUCGGCGAGAAACGGUUCCUGCCCCCUGAACCACCCCCGUCCUGGUCAGGCAUCCGGAACGCCACACACUUCCCCCCAGUGUGCCCCCAGAAUAUCCACACAGCUGUGCCCGAAGUCAUGCUGCCUGUCUGGUUCACUGCUAACUUGGAUAUCGUUGCCACGUAUAUCCAGGAGCCAAAUGAAGACUGCCUCUACCUGAAUGUCUAUGUCCCCACAGAAGAUGUAAAGCGGAUUUCCAAGGAAUGCGCCCGAAAGCCCAACAGGAAAAUUUGUAGGAAAGGAGGAUCCGGCGCUAAGAAACAGGGCGAGGACUUAGCGGAUAAUGACGGGGAUGAAGAUGAAGACAUCCGGGACAGUGGUGCUAAGCCCGUCAUGGUCUACAUUCACGGAGGCUCUUACAUGGAAGGGACAGGCAACAUGAUUGAUGGCAGCAUCCUUGCCAGCUAUGGCAACGUCAUCGUCAUCACCCUCAACUAUCGGGUUGGGGUGCUAGGGUUCCUGAGCACUGGUGAUCAAGCUGCCAAGGGCAACUAUGGGCUCCUUGACCAAAUCCAGGCCCUCCGUUGGGUGAGCGAAAACAUUGCCUUCUUUGGCGGUGAUCCCCGCCGCAUCACCGUGUUUGGCUCAGGCAUCGGUGCCUCCUGUGUUAGCCUGCUCACUCUGUCACAUCACUCUGAGGGACUUUUCCAGAGAGCUAUCAUCCAGAGUGGUUCAGCUCUGUCCAGCUGGGCUGUGAACUACCAACCAGUGAAGUAUACCAGCCUGCUAGCCGAUAAGGUAGGCUGUAAUGUGCUGGAUACAGUGGACAUGGUGGACUGUCUCCGGCAAAAGAGUGCUAAGGAGCUGGUAGAGCAAGACAUCCAGCCAGCCCGCUACCAUGUGGCCUUUGGCCCUGUGAUUGAUGGUGAUGUCAUUCCCGAUGACCCCGAGAUCCUCAUGGAGCAGGGUGAGUUCCUCAACUAUGACAUCAUGCUCGGUGUCAACCAGGGUGAGGGGCUCAAAUUUGUGGAAGGUGUGGUAGACCCUGAAGAUGGUGUCUCUGGCACUGACUUUGACUACUCAGUCUCCAACUUUGUGGAUAAUCUUUAUGGCUAUCCGGAGGGCAAGGACACCCUGCGGGAAACCAUCAAAUUCAUGUACACAGACUGGGCAGACCGGGAUAACCCUGAGACCCGCCGGAAGACACUGGUGGCACUUUUCACUGAUCAUCAGUGGGUGGAGCCCUCAGUGGUGACAGCCGAUCUGCAUGCCCGCUACGGUUCGCCUACCUACUUCUACGCCUUCUACCAUCACUGCCAGAGCCUCAUGAAGCCUGCUUGGUCAGAUGCAGCUCAUGGGGAUGAAGUACCCUAUGUCUUCGGUGUCCCUAUGGUAGGCCCCACAGACCUGUUCCCCUGCAACUUCUCCAAGAAUGACGUAAUGCUCAGUGCUGUUGUUAUGACCUACUGGACCAACUUUGCCAAAACUGGAGAUCCCAACAAACCGGUCCCACAGGACACCAAGUUCAUUCAUACCAAAGCAAACCGCUUUGAAGAAGUGGCCUGGUCCAAAUACAAUCCUCGGGACCAGCUCUAUCUUCACAUUGGCCUGAAACCUAGAGUCCGAGAUCAUUACCGGGCCACAAAGGUGGCUUUCUGGAAACACUUGGUGCCCCACCUGUACAAUCUGCAUGACAUGUUCCACUACACAUCCACGACCACCAAAGUGCCGCCCCCGGAUACGACCCACAGCUCACACAUCACCCGCAGGCCCAACGGUAAGACCUGGAGCACCAAGCGGCCAGCCAUCUCCCCUGCCUACAACAACGAGAAUGCCCAGGGGCCUUGGAAUGGGGAUCAGGACUCAGGGCCACUCCUAGUGGAGAACCCCCGUGACUACUCCACAGAAUUAAGUGUCACCAUCGCUGUUGGGGCCUCCCUACUCUUCCUCAAUGUGCUGGCCUUCGCAGCCCUCUACUACCGGAAGGACAAGCGGCGUCAGGAGCCCCUGAGGCAGCCUAGUCCUCAGAGGGGCACUGGGGCCCCUGAAUUGGGAGCUGCUCCUGAGGAAGAGCUGGCAGCUUUGCAGCUGGGCCCCACCCACCACGAGUGUGAGGCUGGUCCCCCCCAUGACACACUGCGCCUCACAGCACUACCUGACUACACACUGACCCUGAGGCGGUCCCCCGAUGACAUCCCACUCAUGACCCCCAACACCAUCACAAUGAUCCCCAACUCCCUGGUUGGGCUGCAGACAUUGCACCCCUACAACACCUUCGCCACAGGGUUCAACAGUACUGGGCUGCCCCACUCACACUCCACUACUCGGGUAUAGCUCUAGUCCCAGAGCACAGCCCUUCGCCCAGCUCCUUCUUCCCACCCAGUCCUAGUUCUAAACACACACACACACACACACACACACACACACACACACACACACACACACACACACACACCCAGCAAGCGAUUAAAACACGUUGGAAUAUAUAUGUAGACACGUUCCUACACCUGACAGCAGACCCAGCUGCACAGAGACAGACAUGGACAUGCACUCACAUGUGCAAAAACACAGACACAGAUGUGAACCUGAACAAUCCCGGCCAAGAGGGACGCAAAGAAGUCCUUGGGCAACUGAGAACCCGGAACAGCAGCUGAUGCCAGUUCCCUGAGCCUGAACACAGACACUCCUGGGGGAGGGGGGCUGAAAGCACCAGCUGGACAUCCCCUUGGUGCUUGCCUUCCACCUCUCAGAACUGCACCACCUUCAGACUUGGGAGCUUCACAGAGCCCAGUAGCUCUUUGCCUCCUAGACUUGGUCUUUUUCUUUUUCCCUGGGUCUUAUUUUUGUUGAUUUGGGGGGAGGGGGGAUACAUUGGGACAAAUGCUUCUUCCAUCCCUUGAGUACAAAGAGGCUCCAGAAAGGGUGGCUUCAGGCCCAAGUCUCUCUAACUCUGCACACCCACCACACCACACCCCACCCCACCCUUGAGCUCAUUCAAUUUUACCAUGCAACAAGACCCCCCCCCCAGGAAAGAAAGCAAUCUGAGCAAGAUCAUGGGGUGGUAGAAAGAAGAGGACACUGCCAGAUGGGGUUGCAGGGCCAUGUAGGUAGGACCCUAACCGCCUAUGUCCCUGUGAAGGGAUGUGGAGACCACACAGUCACCUGCCAAAAGCCAAGGUCUGGCCAAGUGCAGGGACCCCUCAAUUGGGUGAACAAGGUUCUGUGGAGGCCAUGUCAUUAUUGGGGCCACCAGAUAUCAUCUGGGUCACAUUUCUGUCCUUGGGGUACCAUUAUCAGAAAUUGGCCCCAUUUUCUUUACAGUCUCUUUUGUGUCUGUCAUUUCUUUCAAGAAGGCGGUGUUUUUCUUUCUUUUUUGUUGUCGUUGUUGGCUUUUUUCUUUUUUUAAAAAAAGAAAAGUUCUUAAAACACUAACAGAAACCCAUAGAGUUUGUCCUUUGUAAAAAAAAAAAAAAUUAAACACAGUGUCUUGAUAUAAAAAUAAAAAAUCCAAUUAGCACUCCCAA